GAGGAUGCCAGGGGGAAGGCAAUGAGGGAGGAGAUGUACGGGGGGAAAAAAAGCGGUUACGUUAUCGAGGAGGGAGUAUCUGAAAAGUUUUCAAAAGUUUCCCCGCAAUUAUUACCGUAGCCAGCUUCGUCGAGAGAAGACGUUCGAUCAAGGAGCUCCGUGAAUUUCUCCUAAACCUUGUACUCUUGCAGCUCUUGUUAUUUUCUCCUCCGAUCUUUAUUCGGGGGGAAAAAAAACAGCGUUGAGGUGAAAACGCGUUUUAUCGCUGCCGUGUAUUAUUUUUCAGCAAGGCUCUUCCACUGAAUUGUUCUAUUUAGCCAUUUUUCUAUUCGGUUUUAUUUGGAAAGUCAUCUAUUUAUUGUUGUUGGAGGUGGAGCUAUGUGCACUGCGCAAGUGCUCUUACUAAAUCGCGACGCGAUGCGACGUAAUUUUGGUAGUGAUGUAAACAGACGAGUGUGUCGAAAGUUGUUUGAAACUAGCGAUCCAAAUCCGGUAGGUCCGGCAGUGUUCUUGAAAAAGAUGCAAGAAGAAAUUAGAAAAAGAGACACGGAGCGCUGGAACUUUGAUUUCCUGACGGAAACACCGCUGGCAGGAAGGUAUCAAUGGGAACCCGUGUUUGCCAACAAAUCAUCCAGCAGUAAAAAGCAAUCAACAGCACCGGAAUCGAACCGGGAGGAAAGAGUCCAACAAGCUCCUGUGGAACCGAUUGUUGAAGAGAUUCAUAAAGCAGGACCUACUACUCAAAAGAAGAAAAAAACUGGCGCAGGCGCCUCUUCUCAACAUAAAAUCACAGAUUUCAUGACAACGAAAAAGCGAAGAAAUCCAGAAGAGUGUUCCUCUUCCAAACUGAAAGUUCGUCGAGUGGGUCGUAAUAGUCUCACAACUACGACGAGGCUGAGGUAGAAAAAUUAUUCAUCUCACAACCACCCUCAUUUAAGUCACCGAAGUCGCUGGAUACGACAGAGGUUGUCACAGGCCACUAACCAAAGAUGCAUGUGAUAUAAUUCUGCCUUUUUAACUCUUCUCUAAUGCAAAUGCUGAAUUUCUUUUCAUAAAUUAAACGAACUCUCUGGAGACAAAUGUAAUAUAUAUAUGUGCGGAGUUGUCUUUUUCUGAAAUGCAGCAUGUCAGAAAUGGAUCAGUUAGAGAAAAUUUUGUAAUAAAUUGUUUCAAUUUUUUUCUCCAAAUUAUUUUAUUAUUGAAAAGUUUAAUCAAAAUCAUAUUUGUAUAUAUAUCUUGUAAUUUAAAUAGAAAGAAAGAUUAUGUUGUAAUAAAGUAUGUAGUGUUUAGUUUCUAUUCUUGUAAUUUGAUAGACAAUGAAACGAAAACUUCUUAAUGCCCUCUGUUCUUUUAGAAAAAGACAAGUUAUUAAGUUUCUUUAAGAAGGAAAAGUGAUAGUUAACCUAAUCUAUAAUGUAAAUUAACUACUAUUUUUUCAUUAUUGCUAAAAAAUAAUAGAAUAAUGUUAAACAAAUUUGUAAUUAUACUAAUUAUUAAUAGUGAUAAUUUCUCUUAAAUACCUCACCCUAAAGUUUAAAAUCAAUAUUUUGAUUAACAUCAUUAUAUAAAAUUAAUAUUUUUCAGUGAGUUGUCGAGUUUUUAAGUAGUAUUAGUUUUAACUCAUCGUCUUUAAUAUAUAAAAAAUCUAGAAAUUAAUAUAGAACGAUCACCUUUUGGUUUGACGAAUAAUUAUUAAUAUUUUAACAAUCAUUAUGCAUAAGACUCAUUUAUAAUUUCAUACGGUUUUUAAACAGUAAUUAAAUUUUCAUUGUACAAAAGAGGAAAUGCCAGGUCUAUGAAAGUGUACAUAAAUGUGAAUAAUGCUGUGUAUAACAAAUUUUUGAAUUGAUAUUUCAUAUAUUUAUGUAUACACGAAUAAAUAUGCUAUUGCUGUAGCAUCAGCUAAUGAUCUCAUUUUUCCUUGUACUGUCAAAAUAAAUAUUGGCGGUACAGAAAUUCCUCUCUUGUAAAGAAAUAUGCAUUACUACUAUUGUUGUUAACUAAUGUAUAAUGUUUCUAUGUAAUAAUACUUGUAAAAAAAAAGGUAAUGAAAAAAAUGUACAGCUAUUUUAAUGUUAUUAAUAAAAAGAAUUUUAUUAUGUAA